AUGGCGGAUGCAAGCUCGACUUCAAACAACCGCGGCCUCGCGCAGCAACACAUCACCAACUCUACGCCUCCAUCUACAUCCUCAAGGGGUGCUUCUUCCGAGUUUCAAGACACUCCCAACGAAGUUCCUCGGGAGUAUCUCAUGGCCUCGCCAUCUUCUCUCCUGGCUCAAGGCUUCCCCUUUCCUCCUCAGCAGCCGACUUCCGAUAUUCCGCCCAUCUUUAUACGCCCCGAGGAGCCUUAUAAGAUGCAGUUUACAAGCAACUAUGAGAACCAAUCCUCUAAUCUUAACAACGGCGCACUCCCAUCAUCAUCCAAGAUCCCAGAGCUCGACCAACACUCCUCUGCUGCUCGCCUUGUUCACGAACAGCGUCUAUCAACAUGCCUCAACAUCCUCCGUCACAUCCAACGCACCCUCCGUCAACGCCAUGACGAAGCAGCCCUACGUCUAGAACACAUCUCGCGCCUCGAAGUGCAGACCACGUGGGAACUCUUCUUCCACAGCCCCCUGGAUUUCAUGUGUCACGAGAUGGACAUUCUCUCCGAUGCCACUACGAGCGCCAUGUUCUCACAAGGAGGAAUUGCUCUGCAGCGACACUCUGCUCACGAGAGUGAGGCUUGGAUGCGAAAGUUGGAUGAGCUACGGGAUUUACAGGAUGAUGAGCAUGAGGCCAAGGAGAGAGUGCGCAAGACGAUGAAGCAGGUGCAGUGCGCAGAUGCGAUUAUGAGGGUGGGUUUGGAGAAGCAGGCGGCGGCGCUGGAGAGAGGCAAUCUUAUGGCUGGUCAAUAUCGCGGAGGGUUUGACUAUGAUUAUAAUGUCGAGGCAAUGGCAUCUUCAAACAACAACGCUUCUGCCGUGUUGAGUAGCUUUUUCAACUGGCCUUUGCCUGCUACGUCCCUGAACGUUGGUGAAGCCAACGUCAACAUCGCUGAUGACAAUAGCAGUGGUUCUGUCAGCGGAUCCUCAGGACAAUGCCAUUCCGAGUGUUGUCGAGAUCAUGCUCUUUAG